AUGACCACUCCAGCUAGCGAUACAACAGAGUGGGACCCUCUUGGCCCGAGUGCCCCUGCAGGAAACGCUCUUGUUGUGUUACGCCCCGAAAAUGCAGCUGCAAAACUGGCCUUUUCCGACGUUGUUGACUUUAUCAAGGAGCAAGACAACGAUAACAAUGAUGAUGAUGAUGGGCACGGUCUCCGGUCUCGCUUCUCUCGAUACGUGUGGUUUUCCGACGAACAAGUCUAUGACCCUGCAGUUAAUCGGCUCGUGAACCAUCAGCUCAAAUUGUCGCUCGAUGGCUCGUCGUCACCGUCCUCUGGUGCCUCAAGCGACCACUUCUCGCAGGACGUCAGGAUCUGGACCGGCUUCUUCUUUCUCGAUCCAAACAUCCCACCCCUCCUUCAACGCUUGGGCUGGUCUGUAGGACGUCUUAGCCAGAAGAACUUGGCCUUGGGAAGAGCAAAUGUCGACUUGCUGCUCACUACCAGCCGGAGCAGCCAAGUUGCUCGUAGACACGCUUUUAUCUCUUUCUCUACUGAAACACGUCUAGCCCGGGUUUCUCUGGAGUCUGGGAGUUCGACCACGGUCAAUAACCAUUCCUUGACGUCCCGCGGCAGCAAUGUAAGCUGCGUCAACGCACAGAACUCGGUGUCCUUUGAGGAUCUCCGGUACACUCUCGAGUACACGCCGCACUGCUAUCGACCCGAAGGUCAAGCCGGCCUUGAAGAGUAUGUCAACGCUCUUCACGGCGAUGACCAGCCGACCAAGGAAGCUCUCCUUGCAACCCCUACACCGACGCUUAACUCUCAAACGAUAGGAAGGUAUUCUGUCACAGGCUUGAUUGGCAUGGGUUCGUUUGGUCGUGUCCGCCCUGCGACCGAUCCACAAAGUGACCGAUUGGUGGCUAUCAAGACGAUUGAGGUCAGGGCCAACAAUGCCCAGGCUAUUCGUCGUAAACUUGACCUGAUGGACAAUCUCUCGAGGCUCGCCAAUGCAGAGAAGCAAACAACCAUCCUGAGGGUCAUCGAGACCAUUCAUGUGCCAGGGACUCGAAUCGAUGAGUUCCACGUGAUAUUAGAGCCAUUUGUCGAAAUCACCUUUGAGAAGAUGCCUCAGGGAACUCAUCGUACCAAGCUCGAAAUAAUUCUACGUGACUGUCUCCAGGGCCUUGCGUUUCUCCACGCACACCGCUUUGUACACACGGAUAUCAAGCCCACCAAUAUUGGCCUCCGGAACCUUCAACUGAACAAAUGCCACAGAGAGGCUCCGUCUUCUCCACCGUUCUCUCCCCGCCGUCUCCACGCCGUCAUCCUCGAUAUCGACUCUAUAGAGAGUAUUCCGCAGGGUAGAACUACUAUUGUUUCCCGCCCAGGAACGAACGGCACAGUGGGGUUUCACUCACCAGAACAUGAAAGCUCAGAGUACGACGGUAGGACCGACAUUUGGGCGUUGGGCGUCAGUUUCUUCCGGGUCCUCUUUGGCAGACUACCGUGGUCGUAUGGGAAGCAAGGGAACCCGUGGAGAAAUGAUGCUCCUGAUCGAGAACAAUCGCGAGCCCACUUUCACUCCAAAUACAGGUCUGCGCUGUAUCAGAUAUCAGAGCGUGCCGGGACCCAAAGAGACCCUGUUUGUGAUUUCUUGACCUGCUCUUUUCGCUUCUCGAGCUCCAAGGUUGAUACGCAGAGGAGACCGCGGCCAACUGGUGCGGCCUGUUUGGAGACCCUGUUUGCACGGUCAGAGUUUCUUAGAACAAGGACUUCAAACGAGCAAGCCGUUGCAAACACUGCAGCGGGCAUAUCGAACACCGGCGGAGCAAAGCGGCCAGCGGAGACUGAGAGCCGAGAGGACCGGGUCCAACGGCAACGAAGCGGAACAAAUUGCCCGAUACACGCACAAAAGGAGACAUGA